AUGUAUUUCGAGCACGACGUGGUGAACAGAUUUUACCUGUCGAUCGCUGUCUGUGACGACAGACACUGGAUGUCGCUAGCCGGCGUUGAAGUGUUGCGAAGUGGCACGACCAACAACAAUGAACCUGCGUGGUGCAACGUUCGCCUGCCUAUUCCCGAAGAUGGCGAGGGAAAUGGAAGGUAUCGGCAGAUGGAAACGUGUUGCGUGUGGCAGCUCAGACGAAUCAUUCGAUCCGGAACUGCAGCAAUGCAGCAAACAUUCAAAGAGGAAGAAGAAAUUGCCGAUUUGUGCGCCCGGGAUGAACAGAUGUCAGCCGCCAUGUGGAAGAACAGCUGUGGAAAGUGGAUCGAAAUACCGUGUGGACCAGGGACGGUGUUUAAUCCGGAAUUACAGAUCUGCACGCACUCUGACGCGAACUUGCACUGUCCAGCAAACUCUCAAUCGCUUUGCCGCUGCAACGUGAUUAAUGACAACAUUUUACCACGCUGUCCUGGGAAGUCAUUCUGCUUCCAAGAUGCCGCCUGUUGCGCUUCAAACACUGCAGCAAUGUAUGGUAGCAACACGGUGCGCGAGGAAGUCGCGUGGCAGAGUUCGUCAGAAAUCAGUGGUAGGAACGAAUGA